GAGCCGGAUGAGAGGAAACUUUCACGUCCGAUUUUGAAAGGGGGAGAUCCUAUAGGAUCCUAUCCAAAUUUUUCUUUUGCUAGGCCCAUAGCUAAAAAACCCACUUUCUUACGAUUACGAGGUUCAUUCGAAUACGAAAUCCAAUCCUGGAAAUACAGCAUCCCACUUUUUUUUACUACUCCAGGCUUCGAUACAUUUCGAAAUCGAGAAAUUUCUACUGGAGCGGGUGCUAUCCGAGAACAAUUAGCCGAUCUGGAUUUGAGAAUUAUUAUAGAUUAUUCGCUGUUAGAAUGGAAAGAAUUGGGGGAAGAGGGGUCCACGGGGAAUGAAUGGGAAGAUCGAAAGGUUGGAAGACGAAAGGAUUUUUUGGUUAGACGCAUGGAGUUGGCUAAGCAUUUUAUUCGAACAAAUAUAGAACCAGAAUGGAUGGUUUUAUGUCUAUUACCAGUUCUUCCGCCCGAGUUGAGACCAAUCAUUCAGAUAGAUGGGGGUAAACUAAUGAGCUCGGAUAUUAAUGAACUCUAUAGAAGAGUUAUUUAUCGGAACAAUACUCUUAUCGAUCUCUUAACAACAAGUAGAUCUACGCCAGGAGAAUUAGUAAUGUGUCAGGAGAAAUUGGUACAAGAAGCUGUGGAUACACUUCUUGAUAAUGGAAUCCGUGGACAACCAAUGAGGGACGGUCAUAAUAAGGUUUACAAGUCGUUUUCAGAUGUAAUUGAAGGAAAAGAGGGAAGAUUUCGUGAGACUAUGCUUGGCAAACGGGUCGAUUAUUCGGGGCGUUCUGUCAUUGUUGUAGGUCCUUCACUUUCAUUACAUCGGUGUGGAUUGCCUCGCGAAAUAGCAAUAGAGCUUUUCCAGACAUUUGUAAUUCGUGGUUUAAUUAGACAGCAUUUUGCCUCGAAUAUAGGAGUGGCUAAGAGUAAAAUUCGGGAAAAAGAGCCGGUUGUAUGGGAAAUACUUCAGGAAGUUAUGCAAGGGCAUCCCGUAUUGCUGAAUAGGGCGCCUACUCUGCAUAGAUUAGGCAUACAGGCGUUCCAGCCCAUUUUAGUAGAAGGACAUGCUAUUUGUUUACAUCCAUUAGUUUGUAAGGGAUUUAACGCAGACUUUGAUGGGGAUCAAAUGGCUGUUCAUGUACCUUUAUCUUUGGAGGCUCAAGCAGAUGCCCGUUUACUUAUGUUUUCUCAUAUGAAUCUCUUGUCUCCAGCUAUUGGGGAUCCUAUUUCCGUACCAACCCAAGAUAUGCUUAUCGGGCUCUAUGUAUUAACGAGCGGGAAUCGCCGAGGUAUUUGUGCAAAUAGGUAUAAUCCGUGUAAUCGCACAAAUUCGAAAAAUGAAAGAAUUGCCGAUAAUAAUUAUAAAUAUACGAAAGAACCUUUUUUUUGUAAUUCCUAUGAUGCAAUUGGAGCUUAUCGGCAGAAAAGAGUCAAUUUAGAUAGCCCCUUGUGGCUCCGGUGGCGGCUAGAUCAACGUGUUAUUACUUCAAGAGAAACUCCCAUCGAAGUUCACUAUGAGUCUUUGGGUACCUCUCAUGAGAUUUAUGGGCACUAUGUAAUAGUAAGAAGUAUAAAAAAAGAAGUUCUUUGUAUAUAUGUUCGAACCACAGUUGGUCAUAUUUCUCUUUAUCGAGAAAUCGAAGAAGCUAUCCAAGGGUUUUGCCGAGCCUACUCGUAUGGUACCUAAUCAUAUCGUAUCGAAGCUAAGUAAUUCUAUGACACCCGUGUGAUUUUUGAUUUCUCCAGUUCAGCUAGGACCACAGUUCCUGAAUUUCUAUGCGAAUCAAGAUCGAGAAAAGGAAGUUUUCCAAUCACUGACUCAAACCCAUUGUCGAACCCCACUCAGCGGAAUAGGGAGGUACUUAUGGCAGAACGGGCCGGUCUGGUUUUUCACAAUAAAGUGAUCGAUGGAACCGCUAUUAAACGACUUAUUAGUAGAUUAAUAGAUCACUUCGGAAUGGCAUAUACAUCACACAUCCUAGAUCAAGUAAAGACUCUGGGGUUUCGACAAGCCACUGCUACAUCCAUUUCAUUAGGAAUUGAUGAUCUUUUAACAAUACCUUCUAAGGGGUGGCUAGUCCAAGAUGCCGAACAACAAAGUUUGAUUUUGGAAAAACACCAUCAUUAUGGUAAUGUACACGCGGUAGAAAAAUUACGCCAAUCUAUUGAGAUAUGGUAUGCUACAAGUGAAUAUUUGCGACAAGAAAUGAAUCCUAAUUUUAGGAUGACGGACCCUUUUAAUCCAGUCCAUAUGAUGUCUUUUUUGGGAGCUAGAGGAAAUGCAUCUCAAGUACACCAAUUAGUAGGUAUGAGAGGGUUAAUGUCGGAUCCACAAGGACAAAUGAUUGAUUUACCUAUUCAAAGCAAUUUACGUGAAGGGCUGUCUUUAACAGAAUAUAUCAUUUCUUGUUACGGAGCCCGCAAGGGCGUUGUGGAUACUGCUGUACGAACGUCGGAUGCUGGAUAUCUUACACGCAGACUUGUUGAAGUAGUUCAACACAUUGUUGUACGUAGAACAGAUUGUGGCACCGUCCGAGGUAUUUCUGUGAGUCCUCGAAAUGGGAUGAUGCCGGAAAGAAUUUUUAUCCAAACAUUGAUUGGCCGUGUAUUAGCAGACGAUAUAUAUAUAGGACCGCGAUGCAUUGCCGUUAGAAAUCAAGAUAUUGGAAUUGGACUUGUCAAUCGAUUCAUAACCUUUCAAACACAACCAAUACCUAUUCGAACCCCCUUUACUUGUAAGAGUACAUCUUGGAUCUGCCGAUUAUGUUAUGGCCGGAGCCCUACUCAUGGCGACCUGGUCGAGUUGGGGGAAGCUGUAGGCAUUAUUGCGGGUCAAUCUAUUGGAGAACCGGGCACUCAAUUAACAUUAAGAACUUUUCAUACCGGUGGAGUAUUCACAGGGGGUACUGCAGAACAUGUACGAGCCCCUUCUAAUGGAAAAAUAAAAUUCAAUGAGGAUUUGGUUCAUCCCACACGUACACGUCAUGGGCAUCCUGCUUUUCUAUGUUAUAUAGACUUGUAUGUAACUAUUGAAAGUGAAAAUAUUAUACAUAACGUGACUAUUCCACCCAAAAGUUUGAUUUUAGUGCAAAAUGACCAAUACGUAGAAUCAGAGCAAGUGGUUGCUGAGAUUCGCGCGGGAGCAUACACUUUUAAUUUUAAAGAGAGGGUUCGAAAACAUAUUU